CCAACCGCGGUAAAAUAAGAAGAAAACGAUUUGGACUCAUCUGUUGUUAGGCCUGUAUGUUUUUACUCCUUUACAAUGAACAAAAACAAAGCCAGUGGCGUGUCGUGGGUGAAACCAGCGGAGCCGUCCUUUCUGAAGAAGUUUAAAAAUGAUGUUGGUUAUAAAGAAGGAGUGACUGUUGAUACUAAGCGCCAGAUGAUGCCAACACUGGAUGAUGACAGCGGGAGUGAUCGAGAAGAUGAGUUACCUCAAGUUGUGGUUCUGAAAGGAGGAGACCUCACUGCAGAGGACGCCAAGAAGAUCAAGAACCAAAUACGUGGCGAAGAGAAAGAUGAUGAACCUGUACCUGAUGGUAAAAUCCUGUUCAAGAAACCAGCCAAGCGCUCCUCCUCAGACAAAUUCCAGGGCAUCACUGCCUCCUCUAGCAAAAAGAAGAAGAGUGAUAGAGGAGAGCAGCAAGAGGAGGAGGAGGAGGAGGAGGAGAAGAAAAAGGAAAAGGAGAUGAAGUCUGGAAAGAAAGUAAAAAAUAACAGCCUUCUGUCGUUUGGAGGGGAUGAGGAGGAAGACGAGGAUUAAAUGUUACUGAUGACAUGUAAGACCCACUCACAUCUAUGAAAGAAAUAUGACAUUGGAAAGUGAAAGCAAAAUGUAUCAUAAAAUUGACAAAUAGGAACAUGGGUAAUUAAUUCACAGACACAUUCUUCGCAGGUAUUAAAGGACAGUGCUAGUGUUUCUGCAAGUCAAAGCCCACUGACUACAUAUAGUUUAUUCUUGAUGUUACUGACAACUGUUUUGUUCAUUUUUGUACAAUUUAAAAGUAAACUUGCAAAGAUUAUAUGCUCUUGAAUAACAAUUUACCAGAUUGAACAUCUUGAUUACCCUGUUUUUUCAGCUCCAGUAUUGCAUUAAAGGAGCGCAGUAGGGGUGACUUCCAUCUGCACUUGGCACAUUUAAAGAAAACAAUUUUUUCCCCCUUUUUAAUUAGCCAACAGGCCUGUUUUUGUACCGUACAUAAUAUCAAACAAAUAUCAUACCAAGCAUUUCCAAAAAUGCAUUUUGUACCUAACACUAGUUAUAUAUUUGAAAUUACUCAGUUUUAUUAAAAUGGACCAUGUUUACUAGUAACAGCUAUAACAAUGACACAGGCUAUGCAAAUUUAAAAAACAACAUUAAGUUUUAGGAAUAGCAUUGUAUUAAUAAGCUCUGUCUGUAUACAAAUCAAUACAAAGGGAGCACACAGGGAGGUUGCCUUUAUUGUGAGUGACUUUUAAAUGUCAGAUGAGUGCAACAUCAGGUUUUCCAGAAAUGGCCCGUGCUAACUCAUCUUUGCUGAAAAAGGUGUAGUAAUAUUCACUUUGAGUUUACCUAAUUUUACACGAACCAGUCUGCAAUCACCAAUUACUUGCAAUAAUCUUCCGUUUGAAAAUUAAAUUAAAAGGGGGUAAAAAAUGUUUAAUUGUGUCUCUUUGUGGUGUCAUAAUGUAUUUAAUAGUAAUAUCUUUUCAGCUUCAACAAAGGAGCUGUAAAACGUGUAGAAGCCAUGCA